AGAGAAAACCCUAAGCAGUAAAAACUGAACUAACCAAAACCUCGUUGGGAUUUGGAAAUUGGGGAAGGAGAAGAAACAACAAUGGCAAUGCUUCGUGUGACAAGCCCUAACGAGCUUCUCUACCGCAAUGCACACUCUUCUUCACCGCGCCUUCCUCCUCAACCUAGAACAACAACCUUACUAACACACCCAAAACGCUUCACUCGUCGUCGUUUCGGGUCAGUGAGGUGCUCCUAUGCUUUUGUGGAUAACGCAAAGAUUAAAGUUGUUGGAAUCGGCGGUGGUGGCAACAAUGCUGUUAAUCGCAUGAUCGGUAGUGGUUUACAUGGUGUGGACUUCUAUGCAAUAAACACUGAUGCUCAAGCGUUGCUACAUUCUUCUGCUGAGAACCCUAUUCAAAUUGGUGAACUUCUGACUCGUGGAUUAGGUACUGGUGGGAAUCCGCUCUUGGGGGAGCAAGCUGCAGAAGAAUCGAAAGAAGCUAUUGCUAAUGCUCUUAAGGGAUCGGAUUUGGUGUUCAUAACGGCCGGGAUGGGUGGGGGCACGGGGUCUGGUGCUGCCCCGGUUGUGGCCCAAAUAUCCAAAGAGGCUGGUUACUUGACUGUAGGUGUCGUUACCUAUCCCUUCAGUUUUGAAGGACGCAAAAGAUCCUUGCAGGCACUUGAAGCCAUUGAAAGGCUGCAGAAAAAUGUUGAUACGCUUAUUGUUAUUCCCAAUGAUCGUUUGCUUGACAUUGCUGAUGAGCAGACAGCUCUUCAGGAUGCUUUCCAUCUUGCUGAUGAUGUUUUACGUCAAGGGGUACAGGGAAUAUCAGACAUCAUUACGAUACCUGGACUUGUGAAUGUGGAUUUUGCUGAUGUGAAGGCAGUAAUGAAGGACUCUGGAACUGCAAUGCUUGGAGUCGGUGUUUCCUCUGGUAAAAACCGAGCAGAAGAAGCAGCAGAACAGGCUACUUUGGCUCCUUUAAUCGGUUCCUCUAUUCAGUCAGCUACUGGAGUAGUAUAUAAUAUUACAGGAGGAAGGGACAUAACCCUGCAGGAAGUGAAUAGGGUGUCUCAGGUGGUGACAAGUUUGGCUGAUCCUUCUGCAAAUAUUAUUUUUGGAGCUGUUGUUGAUGAUCGCUACACCGGGGAGAUUCAUGUGACUAUCAUCGCAACUGGCUUCUCGCAGUCCUUUCAGAAGAAGCUACUGACAGAUCCAAGGGCUGCAAAGCUGCUUGACAAAGUGGUUGAGGGCCAAGAAAGCAAGGCAAGGUCUGCUCCCCUCAAGUCUUCAAAUUCACCUUCAACAGUUGAAUCUAGAGCAUCCCCAAGAAAGCUCUUCUUUUAGUUGCUUGAGUUUGUCUUACCUUUUUCAAAUUUUGUAAGUGUUAAAUAUAUUGUAGUAAUUCUUCUGUGUAAUCACUCCGAACCUUGAUUGAUUUAUAUUUUAUAGAGCUUUCAUUC